AAGAUCGCUGACUUCAUGCCUCCUAGUCUAGCAAGGAACUCUGGAGCCUCAGGGCUGUGGGAGUGGCUGUUCCCCAGGGGCCGCCCCUGCAGUGGGCAGAAGUGCCACAGUAUUAAAGCAGCUGCCACACAGGACACACAGAUCAGGAGGUGGCCGGCAGGAGCUGAGCAGAGACCCAGCCAGGACUUAAUCAGAUACCAAGAGACUGCUGUCAUGGCGGGGAAGCCCAAGCUUCACUACUACGAUGGACGAGGCAGGAUGGAGUCUAUCCGGUGGCUCUUGGCUGCAGCUGGGGUAGAGUUCGAAGAGAUAUUUUUACAAUCGGCAGAAGAUCUGGAUAAGUUAAGGAAUGAUGGGAGUUUGAUGUUCCAGCAAGUGCCCAUGGUGGAGAUUGAUGGGAUGAAGCUGGUGCAGACGAGGGCCAUUCUCAACUACAUCGCCAGCAAACACAACCUCUACGGGAAAGACAUAAAGGAGAGAGCCCUGAUUGACAUGUAUGUAGAAGGCAUGGCAGACUGGAAUGAAAUGAUUAUUAUGCUAUUUGUCCAUCCCCGCGAGGAACAAGAUACCCAGCUUGCCUUGCUCAAACAGAAAACGACAGAUCGCUAUUUCCCUGCCUUUGAAAAAGUGUUAAAGAGCCAUGGACAAGACUACCUUGUUGGCAACAGGCUGAGCCGGGCUGACAUUCAACUGGUUGAACUUAUCUAUAACCUGGAAGAGUUUGAUCCCAGCCUUACCACCAACUUCCCUCUGCUGAAGGCCCUGAAAACCAGAAUCAGUAACCUGCCGACUGUGAAGAAGUUUCUGCAGCCUGGCAGCCAGCGGAAGCCUCAUGAGGAUAUGAAAAGCAUGGAAAAAACAUUGAAGAUUUUUAGGAUGUAAUAAAGCAGGCAUGGAAGCAAAGCAAAUGCCAAACCAAUCUAGUAAUAUUUAGCAACAAUGUGAUGCUAGCCUCAUGCUGAUGGAGGCUGUUGUGAAGCUAAUAAACUUUGCAAAUUAUUUGCCAUCAAGCAAAAAAACCUCCCAUGAGCAAACUUAAUUAAAAUUCAUUCUUUUUGGGUGGCGCCUGUGGCUCAAAGGAGUAGGGCGACGGCCCCAUAUGCUGGAGGUGGUGGGUUCAAAUCCAGUCCAGUCAAAAGCUGCAAAAAAAAAAAAAUCAUUCUUUUUCAUUAGGAUCUGAUAUCAGAUUCCCAAUGUCCUGACCUACCUCUCUCUUGGAAUUAAAAACGCAGUACAAAAGGAAAA